UCAUUGUGGUGACAGGGAUUCCAGUUCAGGAUUGUUGCCAUGGGAACAAUGGGGUUGUUAUGGUCUGGAACAUCACCAUGGUGACAAGUGGAUGUCAGAAAUCAGGAGUGUUGCCAUGGCAAUGUUGGGUUGGAAGAGCUUGGGAGUGUUGCCCCGGGGACAAGAGGAGGAUGGUGCUGGAAGGCAGCCCCGAGGCCGUCAGCUCCCAGUCCCUGGAUUUGCGGAGAUCCUGUCCCAAGGGCUCCCGGAUCUUCCCCUCUGCUGGAGAGGGCUCUCUUCUGAGCAAAGAGGCUGUGAAGUAUGGGGAGCUCAUUGUGCUGGGGUAUAAUGGCUCCCUGGCCAGUGGGGACAAGGGCCGACGCCGCAGCCGCAUUGCACUCUUCAAGAGGCCGAAGGCCAAUGGGGUGAAGCCAGAUGUGAUACAUCACAUCUCCACGCCCCUUGUCUCCAAGGCGCUCAGUAACAAGGGCCAGCACAGCAUCUCCUACACACUGUCCCGCAGCCACUCGGUGAUUGUGGAAUACACACAUGACUGUGAUACUGACAUGUUCCAGAUUGGCCGCUCCACGGAGAACAUGAUUGACUUUGUGGUGACGGACACAGCACCCGGGGGCAGCUGCACCAGUGAGGGGCAGUCAGCCCAAAGCACGAUCUCCCGCUAUGCCUGCCGCAUCAUCUGUGAGCGCAGCCCUCCCUACACUGCCCGGAUCUACGCUGCGGGCUUUGACUCCUCUCGCAACAUCUUCCUUGGAGAGAGGGCGGCCAAGUGGCGGACACCGGACGGGCUGAUGGAUGGGCUGACAACCAAUGGGGUGCUGGUGAUGCAUCCCACAGGGGGCUUCAGUGAGGACUCGGCACCUGGCAUCUGGCGCGAGAUCUCGGUGUGCGGGAAUGUGUAUGCCCUGCGUGACAGCCGCUCCGCGCAGCAGCGGGGGAAGCUGGUAUGUGGGGCUCACGUUAUCCCUCCUGGGGGCCCCCCAUUCUCUGCACUGCCACUGGGCCUCCAGCCUGUACCAGGAAAAGCUGGUGGCUGGGCCCCCAACACCCUGCUGGGGGCUCUAUCCACUGCACUGCUGCACCGCACAGGGGGUUCCUCCUGCCCAGGGGAGGGAUCCCCCUGGGUCUGGAUCGUCGGGGGCAGGGCCCUGGCCUACCACAACGGGGGCUUCCGCAAGGAGAAGGGAGGGCUGGAACGGGAGUGCCCCAUGUGCCGGCGAGCCGGGCCCUACGUGCCACUCUGGCUGGGCUGUGAGGCCGGGCUGUACCUGGACGCAGGGCGGCCCACCCAUGCCUUCUGCCCCUGUGGCCACGUCUGCUCCCAGCAGACUGUGCAGUACUGGGCCCAGAUCCCGCUGCCCCAUGGCACCCACGCCUUCCAUGCUGCCUGCCCCUUCUGCGGCACCUGGCUCACAGGCGAGCAGGGAUUUGUGCGCCUCAUCUUUCAGGGCCCCAUGGACUGAGCCCAUCAGCUCAGCAGAGGGAUGCGGUGGCGGAUGUGGACUGAGCAGAUGGGACGUGGUGGAACCCGGAGACUCAGCGGGGGCGGGGCCCAUGGACUGAGCCAGGGGACCUGUGGACUGAAUGGGGGGCAGAAGUGGAGGAGGAGCCCGUGGCUGAAGUGCGUGUGUGUGGUGAGGUGAAGCCUGUGGCCUGAGCAGUGGGAUGUGGCAUGGUUCUGUGGGCAGAGUGGGGAGGGGGGCAGGAGCGAGGGGGUGCCCAUGGACUGAGUGAGAGUGACCAAUAAAACAGCAAAAAACCUUGGGGGGAACUAUCUAAAAAGACUAAACAGGGGUGUGUCCGUGUGUCAGUUACUGUCUGCCCCCAGCUGGCCACCACCCCUGCCUUCCCCAUCCCUUGAUCAGACCCUUGUUCUAAUCUAUUUAAGUUUUUAUACCACACACAUCACUGGCCCAUCCAGCCCAAUAUCUGUCCCUGCACCAACUGGGCCAAGGAUGUGCCCCCUGUAGGCUGGUAUCCCAGCCAGUGCCCCCUGCUGCAGGGAGUCCCACAGAUGAGGAGAGAUGGGGCAGUGGUUGUCCCCAAGAAAGGAAGCCCCAGUUCCUCAGAGUACUGAAGUCCACUGCCCAAGGGUCCUGAGACAGACAGGGGCAGCAGAGACAGCUCAGCUCUUGCUAGAGGAUGUGGAACAUGUGGACAGUGAGCCUGCACCCAGCUGUGGGCCACGGUGGGUCAGAGAGGAGCCAUGAGAACAAGCCUGGAAACCCUGAGAUGCUGGAGUCCCUUUGAAGCGCUUCUCUGAAGGAGGAUUCCCAAGGGGCUCGAUCCCAGUCUCUCUGCCCUGCCCCUGAGAGGGGGGAUUUGUGGGAACAGGGGAUUUGUUCCUGCAUUCCACAGACAAAGGCCAAGCCAGACCAGAGAGCUGGGAGUUGAUGCUGGUCGCAUUCAGCCUGGGGCAGCAGUUUAAAGGGGAAGGGGGUGUUGCCCUUGGGAGAACUGACUGACUCUCCAUCACUUCUGGGGCUUCCAAUCCAAGGCU